GCACGUGCUCUGUUUCCCAUCCCUCUCCCUUCUUAUAUCUAUGAUGCCACCUGACCCCUUGGAUAUCAUAAUAAUUAUUAUUAUUAUUGAUUAUGAUAGGUGUUGACCAAUUUAAGAAGUACAUAGGAUUGACAGACACUCAACUUGAUGAAUUAAUCCAAGAAGAGGACUGUUCACAUUUGGCAAGAUUCUUUGAAGAUGUUAAAGAAUACGUACAUCUUUUUGGACUAAGCACUGAUGAAAAAGGUGAUGUUCUAAAAGAAUCAAAAACUAAAAUAGCCAUAACACUUCUUUUGCAAGCCUGGGUGAGGUUAAACCAUGAUGUGGCUACAUUUAGGGAGCUCUUAUUAAUCUUGAUAGAACAGACUAAGGGAGAGGUUGCAAGAAAUGUCUGUGAGUACUUGAAACAAAAACACUCAACAAUUGAGGAAAGCCCUCAGAAAUUUCAAGCAAAAUUGACAACAUUGACCGACAAAAUUGAUCAUCGAGAGAGAAAGUUACAAUCUAUCAGCACAGCAACUAAAAGCGACUUCAAGAAAUUCAUAGCAAUAAUUGUGGGACUAACUGUUUUAAUUUUUUCUCUCAAUGUGACCAAUAAUCAACGACCUGUUCCCCGAAUCUCUAUACCACUAGGCCCUCCUCCAUUAAUCAUGACCAACUUCCAACAGCACAAAAGAGAAAAUCAUUUAUGGCACUCAAUCCCUGUGUACACUCACAAUCGUGGCUACAAAAUAUGUCUUGGAGUCUAUGCUAAUGGGCAAGCACAACACAAGGGAACGCAUAUCUCUGCUUUUAUUCAAUUUAUGGAGGGAGAAUUCGAUGAUGAAUUGAAAUGGCCAUUUUGUGGAGUCAUUAGUUUUUCGGUAAUGGACCAACAUACUAGCCUGUCACUAAGUUUUGAUGCUAAGUAUGAAGGUACAGAUGGACGUGGUGAGAGAGUUGAGCGCGGAGAUCAAUAUUCUGAAAAUAAAUUUGGAAAGGGGGACUUCAUUUCUCAUGAAAAGCUCAAGCUGUUAUUCUUACAUAAUGACACUCUUCUAUUUGAAAUCCACCAAGUAGAGCUGCACUCUAAUUAGAUGCAUAUAAAUUUUAUAAUGCCAGAAUACAACAAUUUUGUAAAUGUACAUGACAUCACUGAUAUAAAAGGGGUGGUACACAAUAUUAUUAAGCAAGCCAACUAUUAAUAAAAUGUCUUCAGAAAAAACUCAGAAUGAGUGUGAGGGACCAGAGCAAGAACAACUUCAAGGUUUUGACCCGUUCAAGAACAACAACAAAGGAUUGACUGAUCAGCUUGAUGAAUUAAUCCAAGAAGACGACUUAUUAAAUUUAACUGGAUUUUUUGAGGAUGUUAGAGAAUACAUACAUCUUUUUGGACUAAGCGCUGAUGAAAAAAGCGCUGAUGAAAAAAGCGAUGUUUUAAAAGAAGAAAAAACUAAAUUAGCCGUGGCACUUCUUUUGCAAGCCUGGGUGAGGUUAAAUCAUGACUCGGCUACAUUUAGGGAGCUCUUAUCAAUCUUGAUUAAACAGAAUAAGGGAGAGGUUGCAAGAAAUGUCUGUGAGUACUUAGAACGGAAACACUUAACAAGUGAACAAAACUAUCGGAAAAUUCAAGUGAAACUAAUGGGGCUAGCAAACAAAACUGCUCAUCAAGAUAAAAAAUUGCUGUCUAUGAUUCAAAAGAAUAGUCUCUUUAAGUCAAUCAUAGUAUCACUAGUGAUUGCCAUUAUUACAAUGUUUGCUUACAACAUCACUUCUUCCCAAACUGAACGAAACACUCUUCCCCGGAUCUCUAUACCACUGGGUCCCCCUCCAUUGAUCAUGACCAAUUUCCACCAACACAAGAUCAAGACUGAGGACGUAUGGUACUCAACACCAGUCUACACUCACGACCGUGGCUACAAAAUCUGUCUUGGUGUCUACGCCAAUGGACAAGCACAAUAUACAGGAACACAUGUCAGUGGUCUUGUCUAUUUCAUGAAGGGAGAAUUUGACGAUGAAUUAAAGUGGCCAUUUCGUGGGAUCAUAUAUUUCAGAGUACUAGACAAACUCAAAGACAUAAUUUCGUACAUAUAUGUCGAAUAUAACAGCAAGGGAGAAGGAGAACGAGUUACAGGUGAUGCCGAGUAUUCAAAAGCAGGAAGAGGAAGUUUGAAAUUUAUUUCCCACAAUGAACUAGAACAUAAAUUCUUAUAUCAUGAUACCCUUGUGUUUCAAAUCUACUUAGUAAAACUUUUAUAAAAAUAAAUGUUUAAGAUAUCCAGUGCACCACUCAC